AUGAAAAGCAUAUUCCGCAGAACCCAGCUCUUCAAGCCACGCAGCAUGUCUCCCGGCAUCAGCAUCAACCUCAACCCUCAUAUCACGCCCAAUUCCUUCCUGUCACAUGUCAGCCCCGGAAGCCAGGGCGGGGGAACCAGCUCCCUCUCCCCAUCCACGACACUGAUAUAUUUCAUCUCAGGCAACCCAGGCUUAAUAGCAUACUACCAUCUCUUCUUCUCUCUGCUCUCGUCGGAGUUAUCCCAGGUCAAUGCCACUUCCAAUAGCAAUGGCUCAUAUAUCAUCCGCGGAAGAAGCCUGGGAGGCUUCGAGGUUCCCGCUCAAGGAGAAGAGGGCAACUCAACCGCCACCACAGCUCUCUACAGCUUGAAUGAUCAAAUAUCCUUCAUGGAGAGGGAUUUAGAAUCCUUCGUUCACGCAUGGCAGGACGCCGCUAUGCGAGAGCGCAAAUUGGACGAACAGCCUCGAGCGAAUGUUAUUGUCAUGGGCCAUUCGGUGGGAGCAUACAUGGCUAUGGAAAUCAUGCGGCGCAGAAGGGAGAAGGCCGGUCUCCAAAGGAAGAUCCAGACCACCCGUGAUGCCAAUGGGAAUGGAGAUGCCAACGAACUUGGUCUCGACAUCAUUGGCGGUAUCAUGCUGUUUCCUACUGUGGUGGAUAUAGCGAAGUCUCCUAACGGGAGGAUACUUACGGCAGGCAGUCGAGACGACCGUAUCAAUGUUGAGAAACGCUCAUAUGGUCAGACAGGCAUUGUAUGUUCCCGACAUAUGGCAGCGGAUGAAAUGAGGGAGAUAUCCACUGAUAAGUGGAACGAUGAGAUAUGGGGAUUUAGCAGCCCUACACAUGCCUCCGGAGACAGGCUUACGAAGAUGAUCUUCUACUUUGGUCGGAAUGACCACUGGGUAGCGGAGGCGACUAGGGAAGACAUCAUUCGGUCCAAGACAAGAGAUCAACAGGAUGGCCCGGCUCCAACUCUGACGGUGUGUGAGGAUGGGGUUGUUCAUGGGUUCUGUAUAGGUGAGUGGCAACAAUGGGAAACCGAGUAG